UUUCAAACAAAAAAUUUUAUUCUUCUAUCUAGAACUCUCUCUAUAUCUAGUAAGCUCUACCCAAAACACAAUUUAAACACUUUUUUUAUUUCUCUCUUUCUCUCUUUCCCAAUAGUGCUACUAUAUUAUUUUGUUUUUGGUUGAUCAAAACUAAACAUAUGGCUGGGGAUGGAUCCUUCAAAAAGCAAGGUGCUAUCCCGUUUAAAUGGGAGAUCCGACCCGGAGUUCCAAAGGAUCAAGCCCAGCAACCCGGACAUGUUUUGCACAGAGAGCACAACAAGGCAUUUUCAGGUCAACUAGCAACGCCGCCAGGGAGAUUACAGCUUCAGCCCCGGAUGGAGGCCCGAACCCGUUCUUUACUGUCCACUCCACGAGCUCUAUCGGAUCGCUUCAGCUCCCACAAAUCCAUGUUGUCUGGGCCCGACAUUUUUUAUCCGGGUGGAUGUCUACCAUCCUUAUACAAGCAGCCCAAUCUGCUUAAUGUGAAACCCGAGUCCGAACCCGACAGAAACUCGGAUCUUGAGGCCCGAUCACCAUUGUCGUCAUCCAGUAGGAGGAAGUCUUCUUCUUCGUCUCCAUCUCGAGAUUCUUCGCCGGUAUUUUCGUCGACUUCAUACCGGAGAUCAUCGCCUCCGGCAAUGGUCGAUGCUGAGUGGGCCGGUGUUGGAUUAUUUUAGAAGGAAGAGUAGUUAUGCAUGGAAUUAUUUAUUCAUGAAUUAGAUAAUGCUAAAAAAAAAAUUUACUAGCAAUAACGCCAUUUUGAUACUGGUUGAGCUUUGGUGUCAAACAUUGUUCUAAUUGUAGUGUUAGUAGUUGUGAAUAAACUUACUCAUAUAAUAGAGAUAGUUACGUCUUCGAUACUCAAUUUCCGUUCACAGUAGACUUUCUUAGCUUGAUUUUCAAAAAGUUGAGGAUCAUGACAUGUGCACAUAAUUGGGUUAUGUUAAUCUUAAACCCUUUUCAAAUUAUUGUAUUUAUGAGAGUUUUAAAAUAAAAGAAUAAAAAU